AUGCAGCUUAUAUUUCAAAUUCAUUGUUCAUGUCCGCAAGUUGAACAACAAUGUCCAUGCACGCAACCCAUAGAGCCAGCUGAACCACCCGUAUUCCCAACUCCAUUUUUUCCACCGGAAGAAACCUCUCCGGAACCACCACCACCUACACCACCACUAAUGCCACCUACAGAAGAAGUGCGUUGCGCUAACUGUGGAAUACAGUUAUGCAUACAAUUAUUAAAUAUGCAAUGUUACUGCAUAUCGGGCCAUUCGCCUUGCGCUAAUGGAAAUGCUUGUUGUAAGCGGUGA